CGAGCUGUCAAACUUCUGGAAAUUCUACUCGACGUUGAAACAACUGAUUUUGUCGGAGCCUACUCAUGACUCGCUAGUCCCUCAAUAAACUGCUCUAAAUGCUCAAAUCGGUGGAAUGCGGAUACUUUGGGCCAUUUGCCGUAAUGCAUGAUACCGUGGUCGAAUAUCGCAUCGUCAUCACCUUGUUUGACCCGUUUUCCCACUGGACCUUGGCCGAUUCCAUCCAGACUGCGAAUCCUUCGGAUGUGUUGGCCGAAUUUGCAGAGUUCCUCUUGAAGCAUUUCUGCCUGUUCGGCUUCACUCCCUGUUCCAUCAUCAACCAUUCCAAUCAAGACUUCGAUCUGCAGCUCUUGCUCAAUCAAUUGCAGAUCAAGAUUGACACGUGCGGUUGGUCCGAUUUGGGUUUGCCCGCCGAUUUCAUCACACACGACACGGAAUCCCAGACCUCGUUGGAACUGUGGGAGGAGCUGAGCCAAUUCACGCAAGACUUUCAAGCCAAUUGGCACCUUCUGCUCCAAUCCUGGCUUUUUCGAAAGCGGAUCGCUCCGGUCGAUAGUGACGAGAUAUCGCCCUUCUCCAUUGUGUUCCAACAUGAUCCGAUCAACUUGGAUGUGAAAGCCAAGCAAGAGGCCGUGUUGACUGAGAACCGUCGACGCAUGAUUAAGAACCCCAAUUUGCGAUGCCGUCAUUGUGAGGAGGUGUUCACCUCCCGGAUCAGCUUUCAGAUUCACCAGAAACACCACCUGGACGCGGCCCGAGAACGGGGAAAGGCUCAGGGCGAGAAAGGUCCAGAGAAGCCGCUCAAAUAUCCGCAGAAACUGGCCAAAAGAGACUCCGGUUCUGAAGGGGAAGAUCACGAUGAAGAAGAGGACGAGGAUUUUGAUGCCUCGAAGCGCACUUUCCGUUGCCGCAGACGGAAAGGGUUCCACACCCGACGUAUUGACCCAUCGGCUCGGAUCGCACAACUAAGUAAGACGGCCCUUGUCACCCGAUCGGCCACAAGAAGUAUCCAAUCUGACUCGUCUGAGGUCAAUCAAGUGGCCGAGAACACGAUGAGAGCUGUGAAAGCUUUACUGGCGGCCACCAAAACCGAGCGAAAGAAACGAGGCAAGUACACCAAGUUUGACUUGGAGAUGAGGGACGAGAUUGCCCAAUAUGCCUUGGAUCACGGGGUGGAGAGUGCUUGUCAGGAGUAUUCGGCCCGUUUCGAGUUCGCCAUUCACGCCUCCAGUGUGAGAAACUACAUUAAAGCCCUUGAGACUUUUACGCCCGAGCUGCGCGAACAAAUCGGUCGAUUCGUGUAUCAGUACGGUUUUGAUCGAUGUCUCAACGAAUACAAUCAAUCGCGGCCCGAAUUGAACCUGAAUCGAUCACUCAUGCGUCAAUUUAAACGGGUAUUUCUUCGGAAAUACCCGAAUCUCGAGUUGGAUAUCGAUGACGACGACGACGAUGAGGAAGACGAGGACGACGAGGAACACGACGAUCAAACUGCGAGGAUAAGCCGUCCCAAGAGACUCUUGACCGGGGAACUGCGGGACGAGAUCGGUCAAUAUGCAUUUCAGCAUGACACUGUCCGUGCCGUGGAAUACUUCUCCGCCAAGCUCCAAUUUCCACUUCGAGAAGCUACAGUCAGAAAACUCAAGAAGGCUUGGGUGUCCAAGACCAGUCAAACUCAAUACGUAAUAGACAAUGCGGCCAUGAAUCAAGCUCAAGUCUCCACCAGUCAACACUAUCACCAUCAAGACCAACAACAACAGCAGCAGCAGCAGCAGCAGCAGCAACAGCAACAGCAACAACAACAGCAACAUCAACAGCAACAACAACAGCACGUGAUAGCUGUCCAAAUGCCCGCCAAUGUCAUUCAAGCCACCCAAGUCGUGGGCUCAGACGGGACAACCCAAUACGUUCAGUACCCGUUGGUGGUGGCGACCACGAAUCCCGCCGACUUUUCCAAUCCAGCCAUGUCUCAAAUGCAAGUGUUACAGACCAGUCAAAGCUCCAACGUCUACGGGGGAAUACAGUCUCAAUCUCAAUCCACGCAUCUGGCCAAGACCACCGCGGUCGUCCUCAGCGAGCAAAGUCAAUUGUCUUACAUUGCCGAUCCCAAUUCCAUCCCAUUACAACUGACCACCACAAGUGCCACGGUGUCGAAUGGCAAAGCGAUGCCCUCGAAUUAUGACGUAUCGGGAAUAUCCGCCAAUCCCGCCCAAGUGGUCCUGGACCCAUCCGUUCAGGUUGUUCAAGACGAAAAUGUGGAGGCAAAGAAACCGCUAAAGCGAAAAUAUCGGAAGCGUGCUAAGAUCCAAACGCGCUCCAGCACUGUGAAAAAAAAUAGCGUCCCCGAUAGCACGGGCAAGCGAGGUCAGUACACUUCUUACGACCCUCAAGUCCGUGCAUCCAUUGGGAAAUAUGCCGUGGAACACGGCAAUCAAAAAACGAUCGAGUAUUUCCAUCGCAAGCACGGCUUGGAUUUGCCCGAAUCCACGGUGCGGGGUCUUCGAGACCGGUAUUUGUUACAGAGUCAAAAGGGCGAAGCGGCCGAAUUGAACUUUGGACCUCGGGGUCGUCCCAUGAGACUCGGGAAAUAUGAUGAAAUCGUUCGCAAGUGCAUUCACGACCUCAUUGCCUCGGGUGAGAAGAUGUCCACGUUCUUGGCCAUUGCCACGGCCAAGCAAGUGCUGCAGCAAAAUGAUCCCUCAAUGCUCAUCGAGAAUGGGGGAAAAGUGAACUUAAAUCCGGUGUGGGCCAAAUCAUUUCUUAAACGGAUUGGUGUGAGCAUACGUAAAAAGAAGACUGUUUAGGGCGAUCUUUUUUAUUACUUCUAUUUAAAAAUUACCAGAAUACACACUCCAUUCAAGUUGUAACAA